ACUGGCCACUGGGCGGCGGGAGCCUGAAGCCCCCCAUGAGGACCUCGCCCCCAACGGUCCUCCCCUCGCGUUUUUACCACAGCAAGGUCGAGGCGGCGGGGCCGGCGCUUAUUGGCGCGCUGAGGCGCUCCGCCCGCCCCCUCGCCGCGACUAUUGGCCAGAGCAGCGCCGCCCGUGGGAUAGGCGGCGGCGGCGCUCCUCCCUCGCGCCGGCCCACAAGAAGGCGACGAGGAAGCGGCCGCCUCCCUGCGCCCCGCCCCUCGGGCUCGCUCUAGCUCCCGGCUCCUCCCGGCUCCUCCCGGCCCUCACCCGGCUCACUCCGGCUCCGGCGCAGCGGCGGCGGGCAGUUGCUGUGGUGCAGAAUGGCUGACCUAAGUCUUAAAGAUGCUUUAACAGACCAAUCUCCAGAAAUUGAGGAGGAGAUAAAACGGGACUUCAUUGCUACACUGGAAGCAGAGGCCUUUGAUGAUGUUGUGGGAGAAACUGUUGGAAAAACAGAAUAUAUUCCUCUUCUGGAUGGUGAUGAGAAAGCUGGGAAUACAGAGUCAAAAAAGAAACCAUGCUCAGAUACUAGCCAGGUUGAAGGAACUUCAUCUUCUAAACCAACAGUGCUAGCCAAUGGUGAUCAUGGAAUAGAAGGGAAUGGUAAUGCAGGGUUUCCAGCUGAAUUCUUGGGAGAGAAAAUGGCCUAUCAGGGCUAUCAGAACAACCAGAGCUGGCCCGAAAAUACAAAUUUUGGCUUUGAAUCUGAGCAAGUGGUGAAUCCUGUUGAAACUGAUCCCUUUAAGGUACACCAUGAUGAUAGAAUGGAUGAUUUUCUCUUUCUUCCAAGUGGAACAACUAAUGUUUCAGCAUUUACAGAACAAAAUGAUCCCGUGAAAGACAGUUAUGGUCUGUUUCCCUGUGAUACAUUUUCUCCCGCAACUGUUGAAACUCCGGGCUGGCCUGUGGAGGCCCCAAACUCUCCACUUUCAGAAUCUGUCAUUUCCCCACAACGUCUUCAGCCCACAGCAGUGCCAGCUGAGGAUGUAGAAAUAGCAUCAGAAGAGAAGGCUCCAACAGAAGCGUUGGACAUAAUGAUGGGAUUGAAGGCACCAUCAGCAGAGAUGACUCCAGCCAAGGAUACAGCUCCAGCCAAGGAUACGGCACCAGCUCCAGAAGCUGAGGUGACAUUGACUAAAGACAUGAAAUCACUUACUGAAUCAGAUGGGGCACUGGCCAUGGACAUGGAAUCAUCUGUUGAAUCAAAUAUGACUCUUGUCCAGGACAUGAUACUGCCCAGAGAAUCAGAGGAGUUUGCAGAUCAGGAUGUCGUAUUGCCCACAGAAAUAAAUGUGUCUCCAGCCAAGGACACUUUACUGCCCACAGAAACAGACGUAGCGCCAGCCAAGGACAUAAUACUAUUCAAAGAAACAGAGAGGGAACCACCUAUAAAUACAGAUUUGACCCCAGCUGAGGGCAUAGUACCACCCACAGACAGUGGCAUGACCCCACCUAAGGGUGAAGUAUCACUCUCAGAAAUAGAUAUGGCACUGGCUAAGGACAUUGUUUCAUCCACUGAAAUAUCCUUAACAGGGGAUGUGGCCUUAUCCUCAAACACAGAACUUAACAUAACAGAUCAUAUGACACUGCCCCCAGAAACAGAAGUAUCCUCCAUUAAGGAGAUGGCCCCAUCUCUAGAAAUGACUCUGGACAAAGACGUGUCCCCAUCCCAAGAAACAGAGAUAUUUCUAGGAAAGCAUGUGGCACCACCACAAGUAACAGAAAUGGCUGUGGGCCAGGAUGUGGCUCCACCCCAAGUAACAGAGGUGGCUGUGGGCCAGGAGGCGGCUCCACCCCAAGAAACAAUAACGGUUCUGGACGAAGAUGUGCCUCUUCCACCACAAACAGAGGUGAUCCUGGCUAAGAGUGUGGCUCUGCCCUCUGAAACAGAAGUGACCGAAACAGAAGUGACCGUGGCCAAUGACUUGACUCCUGCCAAAGAUGUUUCACCACCUGAAGAAAGAGAGGUGGCACCAGUUCCCGUUAAGAACAUGGAAAUUAUACAGACACAGGAAGAAAUCAGUGAGGAUUCCCAGUUAGAAUCUCUCCAGGACAAGAAACAGCCAGCUUCACCUGCUUCCAUGAUUUCACCAGAACCAGCAAAAACCAUGGGCCAAAAGUACAACUUGCCAACAGAUGAGGAUUCUGUGUUAGAGAAAGUAGAGCAAGAGAAGCAAUCUAGUAGUCGACCUUCUGAACUUUCUUCAGAGAUUUUAGCCAACUUCAUGUAUUGCGGUACCCUUCCCAAACAAGCCAAACAAGUGUACAGACCUGCUGACCGCCGGUCUUCCCGGUCCAGGCCUUCCAGGGUCCCUCCUGAGCUGCUAGGAGGCUCUUCUCCACAGAAGACUCUCGACCCUGGGCUGGGCGCCAGUUCCUUGUCUGAGUUGAGUUGGGUCUCUGGUUCAUCUUCCUGGGUUGAGCCUGGAGUCCAAAGGAAAACUAUUCCUGUUGGCUUCCCUGAAUCCCAGAGAGAUCUUGGCAGGGAGGCCUGGGACACUGAAAGCACACCAAUGAUGAUGAAGAAGAAAAAGAAGAAACCAAAGCAGAAGAGAUAUCCUCAGCCCUGGGCUGGAGGACCAUAUAAUGAUGACAGUGCUGACAAGCCUAAAGGUCAUCCCUUUUUACCUGACUCACAGAAAUUAGAUAUCCUUCCCAACCAGUCGUCUGUAGUGGGCACAGAAUGUGGAAUGGAAUCCAGAGGAAGUUUGGAAAAGGAAAGUGUAGUUGACUCCAAAGCAGCCCAACUAGUAACUGUUAACUUGGCCUCAGAAAGUCUGACCAUCCCUUUGUGUCCUUCAGAAGCACCCCCCAAAAUUGCUGUAAAUUCUCAGCCUAAGCUGAGAGAAGAUGCAGAAGGCAGAGGAAAUAAAUCAGAGCCACAGAGCCAAGGCAACAAAACACUACAACAAGAUGAAUGCAAAUCACAGCCUGCACCCCACCCGAGGACUCUAGAUAAAAACCAGACAACAGGUUCUCUUAAUUUGGAAAGACCCCUGACCGAAGUUUUUGCCCACAAAGAAAGUCCUUUGGCAGUCAUACCCAAAGAUAGCUGUCCUCCUGUCUUGGAUAAAGAGGCUGUGGGUAGAAUUUCAAAACCCACAGCAGCAGAUUUGCCUAAUUUCACAUCCACAAUGACAGCCAGCAGUCCUUCAGAAGGUAAUGUAAAUGAAGUGAAUGAUGAGACUAAAAUGAUUAAAGUGCAGAAUGACAAACACAAAGGGCUCUCUGAAGGGACUGAGGAAGUUAGAGAACAGAAAAAGGAAACUUUAUUAAAGCAAGAAAUUGAAAUCUUUGCUCCUGAGCAGCUGCAGGACAAGGUGUUAGUUCAGGCACCCGGGCCAGGGAACGAAACAUUGAAGAGAAUCACAGGUGAUGGCAAAAGCAAGAAGGGCAAAGGAAGUUCUGGGAAAGCCAGAGCAAGUUCUGGAAAGGGGAGAGUAAGAUCUGAGUUGCCAUUACUUCAGGACAGCCAGAAAGAUGGCAAGGUUGUUCUUUUGCCAAGUGAACCGAUCCCUAAAAGCGAAAGAAUGGCUACUGGGAAUAAAAGUGAGGAGCUUGGGCUGGAUUCUUCAAAGCAACCAGGGGUCAGAACUGACCUUGUUGAGGGAGGGGUGGUGGUGGAGCUGAAGGAGACUUCUGAUACUAGGGCGGCAGACACCUUGCAAGCAUUGGUUCCUUUAGGAAGUGGGUCAGGCUUCACUGAGAUUUUUAGUGCGAGAACAAAAGAUGGAGCAGUAAGUAUAGAUACAAAGAUCAGUAACCAGAGUAAGGAAGGAAAGUGUCCUUGGAUGGAUCAUGAGGCAGUACCCCCGAUUUCUGAAAAGCCUAAAAAAAGAGGCAGUGAAAACAAAAACAAAAAGUUUAAAAAUAACUAUUCCACAUACUCUGCUAGACAGGACAACAGGGAAGAAAUCCUCAACUCACCUUCUAUAGGUAAAGAUGGAGAUACUCAAAACAAGGAGUUAGGGCUCACUUUCCCCAUAACUCAUGAUCCUUUGCAUUCAGAAACACCCACAAUGAAAGUAGUUGACCAAAAGGAUAGAAACGUUGAGGUUAAUUCUGUUGUGCUUGGGGCUCUUGGCAGGGACCAAAUACACACAGUCAAGGAUUCUACUGUUACAGAACCAGCUACCAAGGUGACAGAUGUGAGCUGCCAAGAACAGAUUGAGGAGGAAGGGUAUGUUCCUUCAGGACUGUCUGAGGACAAUAAGACAGAUGUAGCCACGGGACACACUGCAUUGGCUGACAAACCAAAUAAAAGGAGUAAUGAUAGAAAAAGUAAAAAGGUUAAAAAUAGUUUUCCUGAGAAGCAUAUUCUGGAGAGUAAGACAGAAGCAACAAAAAUACAUGUUCCCAUGGAAACCACAGGGGACCACAGACUUGAAGGAAUUGGCUAUAUGGAUGAAAAUAGAAACAUUACAUUCACCUGCCCCAGAACGCCACCAGGGUUAAUAAAUAAGCACACCCUUGGAGAGGUUCUGGAGUUAGCAGCCAGUGAAAAAACACCUGCUUCAAUACCUCAAGUAGUAAAGGAAAGUGAUUUCUUUCCAGAGACCUUGGCAGAAAUCGGGCAGGGCACAGUUCCACCCCAGACUUCUAACUUAACAAUGGUAGAUAAUUGUAGCAAAGAUGGAGUCCCAGAUAAAUCCAAGGCUCCCUCUGAGGUUAUGCCCUCCACAAACACAGGAGGAGGUGCCUUAGCUUCAACAGCAGCUAUAGAAGCAGUUCAUCUUGGAAAUAACUGUUUGAGUAAUAAAGGUAAUUUUACUGAGCCCAUAAAAAAUGAAACUGAGAUAGAAGUAAAACAUGUAUUAGGAGAAAUUGAGUCAGUGUGCAGUGGUGCAUGUAAGCUGUCAGUAGAGAAAAAUACAGAGCCAACAAAGGGGCACCUUGUUUCUGGAGUCCCAAUAGAAGACCAAAGGCUGCCUGGUGAGGUCAGAGUCCUCGAAGCUUGCCCAGAUAUGAGUAAUUUUCCAGCUUAUUCAGCAGAGAAAAAGAAAGAAUCCAAGGAAAUGUCUGUAUUGGGAGACAAAGCACAAAAGCCUGAUUUCUGUGAGGACCAAAAUGCUGAAGAUAGAGAUUCCAAGGACCUAGAAAGUUUGAGUAAGAAGAUAGAUAAGACUCUUUCACGUCCCCAAAAUGAAAGGGCUGGAUUGGAAGAAGUUAAUACAGUCACAGAACUACAACAGUCACAAUCAAUAGCUCCAGAACUCCACUCAGGUUUCUUAGAUGGUGAAUCAGAAGCUCCUCCUUUGAGAGGGGUAGAUAAAUCAGUAGUGACUGCUUCUGAGGAUCUUCAGCUCCCAGAGACCAGAGAUGACAUUGUGGAAGCACCUGAGAAAAUCACGGGAAAAUCUGAACCAAAGACACUGGGAGAAGGGAAGAAGGGAGAUAAAAGCAGAACAGCCGAACCAAUGAAAGGCUAUAUGAGACCUACCAAAGUCCGAGGCCUUGCUCCAAUUUUGCCAAAGCCCACAGUCCAGGAACGUGAGAGAUCCAGGCAGCUGAAGUUCAGUGGAAUAGCCAAGCCAGAAGGACAACCUGCUGUGAAUGUCACCGGAAAUGACAUCACCACCCCUCCAAACAAGGAGCUCCCACCAAGCCCAGAGAAGAAAACCAAGCCUUUGGCCACCACUCAACCUGCAAAGACUCUACCAACGAAAGCCAAAACACAGUCCUCUCCUCUCCCUAAGCAGCCAGCUCCCACCACCUUGGGUGGGUCGAAUAAAAAACCCAUGAGCCUUGCUCCAGGCUUAGUACCAGCUGCCCCACCCAAACGCACUGCUGCUGCCACUGCCAGGUCUUCCGUCUUACCUGCAAAAGACAUGAAGCCCAAGCCUGCUGCAGAGGCAAAGAUUCCUGAGAAGCGGGCCUCACCAUCCAAGCCGGCCUCUGCCCAGACCUUCAGGCCUGGCACCAAGACCACCCAGACUGUUCCAAAAGCCACUCUUGCCUCAGCUGGGCCAAGUAACCGGAGCUCCCCAACUCCUCUGCCCAAGAGGCCCACUACUGUCAAGACUGAGAGCAAACCUGCAGAUGUCAAGAAGACGGUUCCGAAGUCAGCCUCAGCUGACCUGAGUCGCCCCAAGAGCAUCAAUUCUGUGAAGAAAGCCCCACCUGUUUCUGGGGCAGCCCCUACUGCAGGGGUGGCUCCCAGCCGAGUCAAGACCACAUCCAUGUCUUCCCGCUCCCCCAUGACAUCUUCCACAGAGAAGAAGCCCACAGCAACCAGGCCCAGCCCCUCAACCCCUAGGCCGAGCCGCCUGAAUACAAAUGCUUCUGCCCCUGAUCUGAAGAAUGUUCGCUCCAAGAUUGGCUCCACAGAAAACAUCAAGCAUCAGCCUGGUGGAGGCCGGGCCAAAAUAGAGAAAAAAACAGAGCCCGCUGCCACAGCUCGAAAGCCUGAACCUAUUGCAGUCACUAAAACAGCUGGCCCAGUUGCGAAUGCACAGAAACCGCCGACUGGGAAAGUCCAGAUAGUCUCCAAAAAAGUGAACUACAGUCACAUUCAGUCCAAGUGUGGUUCCAAGGACAAUAUUAAGCAUGUCCCUGGAGGUGGUAAUGUUCAAAUUCAGAACAAGAAGGUGGACAUCUCUAAGGUCUCCUCCAAGUGCGGGUCCAAGGCCAAUAUUAAGCACAAGCCUGGUGGAGGGGAUGUCAAGAUUGAAAGUCAGAAGUUGAACUUCAAGGAGAAGGCCCAGGCGAAGGUGGGGUCCCUGGACAAUGUGGGCCACCUCCCGGCAGGCGGUGCUGUGAAGACUGAGGGCGGUGGCAGCGAGACCCCUCCGUGUCCGGGCCCCCCUGCUGGGGAGGAGCCGGCCUUCCCUGAGGCAGCGCCUGAAGCUGGCGCCCCCACUUCAGCCUCUGGCCUCAGUGGCCACACCACCCUUUCAGGGGGUGGUGACCAAAGGGAGGCCCAGAGCUUGGACACCCAGAUCCAGGAGACAAGCAUCUAAUGAUGACAUUCUGGUCUCGUCUUCCGUCCCCUGUGUCCCCCUCUUGUCUCCUUCGUUGUCCUCUUCCCUCCCCUCCUCCCGUGUCACUGCAGAUUGAGACGUACAGGCUGACGUUCCGGGCAAACGCCAGGGCCCGCACCGACCACGGGGCCGACAUUGUCUCCCGCCCCCCCCACUUCCCUGGCAGCCUCAGCUCAGGCCCCCGCACCCUUGGCUCCCUCCCCUGGGCUGCUCA